UAUAUGUAAUCUUUUAUUUAUUUUAAUGCUUUGUAAUGGUAAUUUUGAGUGUUCUUUUGGGAGUGCCUGGCUAACCAGGCCAACUGAAGAAAACCAUUGUUUUGACUGACAACUUGCCAGUACCCUGACUGCAGAACUAGGGAGCUGAGUGAGAUGCAUCCAUUUAGUUUGGAUUUAGUUUUAUUAUUGUAAAUUAUUCUCAUCUUAAACAUGACAGUGUGUUCACACACACAGAAAAACUCCUGGUGAAGUAACUGGGAUCCACGUGACACUAUUAUAAAGAUGGCGUUUAUUAAAGAGGAGAGUGAAGACGUGAAGAUUGAAGAAGCAUUCAGAGUCAGACAUGAAGAUACUGAGGAACAAACAGACCUGAUGUUGCUGAAAGAGGAGAGUAAAGAACUGAGUGAAAUGGAAGAAAAAGAUAAGAAAAAUCAUGAUUUCCUGACUGGAGAAAAAUCCACGCAGGCUAAAAAGACCUCACGAAAAAGAGCUCGGAAGACCAAAUCUAAAUCUAACUACACUUGCCGUCAGUGUGGAAAGAGUUUCAAUCAAAAACAUAGUCUUGAAGUCCACAUGAGAGUUCACACUGGAGAGAAACCUUUCAGCUGUCAACAGUGUGGAAAAAGUUUCACUCAAAAACAAAACCUUAAAGUCCAUACAAGAAUUCACACCGGAGAGAGCUCUUUCACCUGCCAAGAGUGUGGAAGCAGUUUCACUCAAAAAAUAAACCUUAAAGUCCACAUGAGAAUUCACACUGGAGAAAAGCCUUACACGUGCAAACUGUGUGGACAGAAUUUUACACACAAAAACAACCUCAAUUCUCACACGAUAAGUCACACUGGAGAGAAGCUGUUCACAUGUGAUCAGUGUGGAAAGAGUUUCACACGCAAGGUUACCCUUAAUUACCACAUGAAAAUUCACUCAAGAGAGAACUGUUUUACAUGUCAUCAAUGUGAGAAAAAUUUCUGUCAUAAAUUAAGCCUCAAGAAUCACAUGAGAAUCCACACUGGAGAAAAGCCUUAUUCAUGCCCUCAGUGUGGAAGGAGUUUUACAUAUAAACCAUCCCUUGAUUCCCACAUGAGAACUCACACUGGAGAGACCCCUUACACCUGCAAAUAUUGUGGGAAGAAGUUCUCACAAAAAGGAAACCUUCAGACUCACAUAAGACUUCACACUGGAGAGAAGCCUUUCACAUGUCUUCAAUGUGAAAAGAGUUUUACAUAUCAAAGAGACCUUAAGCAACAUUUGCAAACUCAUUCUGGCAAGACAUUGCAGUGUUCCUCAGUAUUGUAAUGAUUCACACAAAAUACACACAAAUAAAAUUAAAAAGUCAUGCAGAUGCGAGACCCUAUUUUGUGCUUGUAUGCGUGUGUGGAAAGAGGUUUUAAUUGGCUCUGAAGUUUAAAAUGUCACCAGAAAAUAUGCAUCUAUGUAAAAUUAUUUAUUUCCCAUCAAUGUUUAAAAAAAAGUUGCCAGUCACUGCCAGCAAUUUAGACAAUUUUCACAAAAUUGUCAUGACCCCCAAAAUACUUUGUUGUAUGAAUAUCUGAAUAUUCAGUAUGUCAAAAGA